UUUAAAAAUCCCGCUCUGAGCUUCCAGCUGUCAAACCCCGAUAUAAGAGACAAACAUUGGAGAGUCAGCUGACCGAGAAGGGAACUCCCAACGAUAAGACAACUGGACGAAAAAAAACAUAAAAAUGAAGUCGGCAGGAGAUUCCCAAGCAUCAGUUGUCCACAUCCGCAUCAUUCGAGAAAAGAAACACAAGUUUUCCUGUGAUUUUUGCCUCCAGUCCUUUUCAUCAGCUGACCAGCUUAGCCAGCACAUGACGAGUGACCAUACCUCCCUAGAUAUUCAGGAAGUGUACAUGUGCCCUCUGUGCAGGUGUUGCUUAUUAUGUCAAGAUGACCUCUCAGAUCACCUCCAUGUGAAUCAUCAGGUUUUAAUCAACAGCUUACGAGAGCCAGCUGUUUGUGAAUUUUGUGGAUUGUGUUUAGAUGAUGCAGAAUCAUUGUCUGAUCAUCAUAGAACAUUGCACCAUUCAGAAACUAAUGGCACCUCUGUUGCUAAAAGAGUUGAACUGACACUAAGAGAUAUAUCAAAUAUGGGAAUGGGAAACCCAACGUGCAAAACACUUUUUCAGUUGAUUGAUUACCCUAUAGAGAAAAGUUCAGUAGAUUUACAGUAUGUAGAUGAAAGAGACAGAGAAAUACCUGUGAAACCAAAAGAAAAUAGUGAAAAUUUUGGCAUAAGUGAAAGUACUCUGCCACAUUUUGACAUUCAAGGAGUUUUUGAAGAUGAUAAUAUUAUAAGUGUUGAAGCUUGUAAUGAUACAUUUCCACACCCCUUUGAAAAUAGUAGUCAAAACCUAGAAGAUCAGGUGCAAAACUUUGAGAUUUAUGACAAUUCAAAUGAUGAGACUAAAGCAAUGGAAAAUACACAGACUAAUGACUCCCAUAUGGAAAAUACACAGACUAAUGACUCCCAUAUAGAAAUGAUAAUAUGUUGCAACUCUUCUGAAAAAUCAGAGACAGCUUCAGGGGAAAUAAUUCUGACGGUCGAGAGUGACAAGGAACUGGUAUGGAGCAAUGAUUUCAUGUCACAAGUUAUAAAUUCAAGUGGGAUACUAAGAAGAAAUUCUGAACCAGUUAGACCUUCUGGUUCUAUUGAAAGCAGCUGUAUCAGUUAUUCACUUCAGUUUGAUGAUGCUGAUACAAGACAGAUGGAAGAAAUAGGAUGUGAACAGAAUUUUGAAAAUAAAAGGAAAAAGGAAAGUGAAAGAAGUUGUGAUCAGUUUAUAAGUUCUUCUCAGUCAGUAGAGGUUAUUUCUUCUGAACCUUAUGCAGCAAGAAAAACAAGAGGAGCUAGGCAGAAGUUCUGCGCUAUAUGUGGCAUUGUCUUCAGGCAGCUUGGUGAACUGGAACAACAUGAAAGUACGCAGCAUGGCAUCAGAGUGAAAUGCAAUCUCUGUGAUGACACUUUUGCAUUUUCAAAGUCACUGCGUAAUCAUUAUCUCCGGAAGCAUUCAAAUGAUGGAAAUUUUCGCUGUGAGGAAUGUAAUAAGAGUUUCAAAUGUAGGAGUAAUCUUUGGUCGCAUAGACUGACACAUACCAGCCAAGAAGAUCGAAGAUUUACAUGUCCAGAGUGUCCACAGCGUUUCAAUACAAGGUCCAAAUUGAAUGUUCAUUUACAGGGCCACACAGGAGAAAAGAAAUUUCAGUGCGGAGAAUGUCAAAAAGGAUUUAUCUAUCAAGGACUUCUGCUCCGGCAUAUGAGAAAACAUUUUCCUGACACAGACAAUUUCCUCAGUGAUGAUCAAAGUAUCUAUGUGGUGGAAGUUGGAGAAAAAGCAUCAGAGGACAUCACAACUCAGCAUUAGAAAUUUUCAGUCAAUUCAUGUCAGUUUAGCUAUUAACAUUUCAGACUGUAAAUAUUUAUUUUUAUUUUGAAAUAUACCUUUAAAAUGAA